AUGACUGAUAUUACAGAGCAAGUAUAUGAUUACGUGAAAGAAAUCAUAGACGUAGUUGAAGAUGAGCAUAUUCUUGCAGAUCUAUCUGCCAUUCAAGCUAAAUUUGAACAAAUAGUAAAAUCUGGUGACAUUCAAGGUCAAAAGAGCUCUUUCUUGUUAUCAUGGGAUAGAUUAGUUAAUACAUUUAGUAGCAAAAGGCUUCCGAACAUUCUUGCUUUUCGUGAUUUGUUUAAAUUAUUAUCUCAAAUUCGUAAAACAGCUCGUCCAUUUUCAAAUGAAGAAUACUACCCAUCAAAGCUUACAUCAAUUUACGUUAAAUCUGUCGAAAAAUUUAAGAAUUACCUUGGUACUUUUAAAGAUGCAAUCAAUAAUAACACUUUACUUACUGAUAAGCAAUAUGUUGCUCUAGCGAACAGUUUCUAUGAGGAUGUAUCUGAUUCUAUUGCUAGAACAUUCAUGCUUUCAAGUGUUCCUAAUAAAAACGAACUAAUCGAGAAAAUCCAAAAAACAACAGAAACAUUUGUGAAUGUAUUUCAGAAUUCACCACAAUACCUUCAAACUCCGCAAGCUGUCGAUAACCUUACAAUUCUAUUUAAUGACUAUUUCAAACCAAAAUCAAAACAUUCUACUCCAAAGAGUUCCGGAUCAUCCAAAUCCAAACGAAUACUAAUUCCAGAAGAUACAGACACUAUGACGAGGCAGAUUCUUUCGAUUGAACAACUAAGAUCUGAUUUAUCUGAAUGUAGUCGAAGAAUUGCUGAACAUGCUUCUGUAUCUAGAGGUGAUUUAGCCCAUAAAUUAAUUGAUGAAAGUCAAUAUUUGUCAAUUCUUGCUAAUGCUGAAAUUAUUGUAAAUGACGAUUCCCAAAAAGCAGAAAUGGAUCGUCAGAUACAAGCAUACAAGGAAUUAGCUCAAAUGAUAAACAGAGCAGAUGCUAUUCCUUUGGAUGUAGACAUGGAUAAGCUUGAAUCAAUGAACAAAUUGCAAUUAAUUUCAUUAAUUGAAUCAUUAUUGAGAAAAGAGAAGGUUCCUCUUGAACUUAAGGUAUCUAAAGGUGCUCCUGAUGAUUACAAAGAGCUUGCAAGGAGAUACGAUGAAGCUAGGAAGUAUAAUGAAGAGAUAGAAGCAACAGUUCAAAAAUUAAAUUUGCAAAUUGUCCAGCUAAAAGGAGAGAACAAGAGAUUGAAGAUAGAAUAUGAUAGCGCAAAUAAUGUUAAAGUUCUUAAAGACAGAAUUAAAGAAAUUGAUCAGAGAAGAUCUGAAAUUGCAGAUGAGUUGAGAAGAAACAUGAUAACUGGACAAACAAUGACUAUACAUGGAACAAGACCAACUGCUGACUUAUAUAGAGAUGAAAUUACAGCAUUAAAAGAAGAAAGAGACGAAAUUCUUGAACAAUUACAAGAAAAUGCUGAAGAUGGAGCGAAUCUUAAAAUUAAGCUUUUAGAAAAAGAAAAUAAACAGUUGCAGCAGCAACUUCAAGAAAAAAUUGAAAGAAUUCAGAAACUUGAAUCACAAGUUCAAAGUAAUAAGAGAUACUACUCAUAA